AUGAAACGAUUCCAGAACCUACCCGACCAGCUGAAACUGGUGAUAUCCAAGACACUGAGUACAUGCCGUCGCCACCUCCAAGAUUUCCACCUCCAAGAACAACUGAACAAGGAUUCACUCUUGAUAGCUAAAGUCCAGAGAAGGAAAGCUGAAUUACAUGAACAAUUCCAAAGAAAACAUCAUGAUGUAGAAGCCGAGCAUACAGCCAAGAACUCCGAGCGUACAUCAUCUUUUCGUCUGUUCAGUGACCCAUUUCAGCUUGAACUGGAGAAGAGGCAAAAACAGUAA